AGUAAAGUACAGAUACCCCCAACAACUACUUAUGUAGUACUUUAAAGUAUUUUUACUUAAGUACGUUACACCACUGCAAGAGACCUGUAAUCUAUUGCCUUUAACUUCCAGACCGCAUGUUGGCGCUAUUGCACACUCAAAAGAUAACCUAAACCGGAAGUAAGAAGCCAAAGAGAGUUUGACAGUUUAUUUACCAUUAUAUUUAACUUCAAAACAUUGUAACGUUAGCAGAGAUAUUUAUAAAAAACAAUACAGUACUUUUUGAUUAAAUAUUCUCAGUUGUUGGUAUUUCCCAGCCGGCUACAUCCAACGAGACGCAAGGGUACAACCAACAACAUUGGCAGUCAUCAUUCUAAAUUCAAACUUAACUAGCUUUCUAGCUAACAGUUAGCUAGCUAGCUCAGGGAUUGAUUCACAAUGGACGUGGACUCUGAAGACCUGUCCAGCCUGUCUCCAUCCUGCUCCACUGAACCCCAACUCACGGUGUUCCCGGGUCCUGACAGGAACCAUGAUGGCCAGGAGGACAGUAACCACCAUGGUGCCCAGGAGGACAGUAACCAUGGUCACCAGGAGGACAGUAACCAUGGUGAUCAGAAAGACACACCACAGGGUCAGGAGAGAGUUACUGUGAGUCUGGACGUCAACAGUGAAACACCAACAUUUAAUAUCAUAGUCAAAGAGGAAGAAGACUGGGAACUAGAUAAUACAGGAGAGAGUCCCAGCCAUCACUCUGCAGGCGAGGAGAAGCCCUCUACACCAGGAGAACCUGAACAACACCAGAUGAUACGCAGAACAAGGCAGAAAAAGACCCACCCAUGCCCAGAUUGUGGGAGACACUGCCAAACAUCUGCACUACAAAUACACAUGAGAACCCACACAGGAGAGAAGCCUUACACUUGCCUUGUGUGUGAGAAAACAUUCACUAUUAGACAAGCUUUGAAAACACACCAGCGAACACACACAGGAGAGAAGCCUUAUACCUGCUCUGAGUGUGGGAAGGGCUUCACUCAUCAAUGUAGUUUGAGAUACCACCACCAGAAGAAACAUUCUGAACAGAUUAAAACAGACCCCGAUGACAAGAUUGGCUGCUGCUGUGGACAAGAGUUCUCCUCAAAGAAGGUUCUGGAGGUUCACUUGAAGACAGACACUGGAGACAAGCCAUACUCCUGCUGUGUGUGUAAGAAGACCUUCACUCAUAAAGCGUUACUGAAAGUCCACCAGCGAUCCCACACAGGAGAGAAGCCUUACUCUUGCUCUCUGUGCGAGAAGAGUUUUACUCAAAAAGGAAAUCUGACAACACACGAGAAGUCGCACGCUGGAGAGAAGCAUCCUUGCUCAGUCUGUGGAAAGAGCUUCACUCAGAAAGGCUAUCUGAAGAUUCAUCAGCGGCUUCACUGUUCUGAAGGGGAGAAGAGUCCCUCUGCAUCAAGAGAACUUGAACGCCGACAGAGGAGAGCUAAGGCGACUCACAGAUGCCCAGACUGUGGGAAGGAGUUCCCUCAAACAUAUUACCUGGAGAGACACAUGAGAACACACACAGGAGAGAGGCCUUACCAGUGCUCUGUGUGUGGGAUGAGUUUCACGCAGAAAGGAAAUUUAAAAACGCAUCAGAAAGUGCACACAGGAGAUUAUCCCAGUUCCUGGUCCGCUGGUGAGGAGAGUCCCUCUACAUCGGGAGAACCUGAACAACACCAGGAGAACCACACAGCCAUCAAAUCUCACAGCUGCCUAGUAUGUGGCGAGGAAUACUCAGACGUCCCAGAAUUACACAACCACAUGAGAUCUCAUUCAGGAGAAAAGCGUCUCAUCUGCCCUGUGUGUGGCAAGACUUACCCCAGAGAAUUUGACCUCAAAGUCCACCUCAGAACACACACAGGAGAGAAACCCCACGAGUGCACCGAAUGCGGGAAGAGCUUCGUCCGUAAGCAAGGGCUCCAUCAGCACCAGCGGACCCAUGACGCCAAGCCCAUCGGACCGACCCGCCAGUUAGGCAGACCUAAGCAGUCAGCCACCAUGGACAGGCCAAAGCACUUAGCCAGGGCUCAGAUGUCCAAGAAAGUACCUAAGGUGGAGAGUGAUAUGGAGAUGCAGGACUGGCAGUACUGGGACAAUUAACCACGACUUUGUCUUUUAGUAGGUAGAGUUCUUGUUCUUGCUGAAGCUGUGUCUGUGUGUGUUGUCGCCAUCUCUGAUCAGUGUAAGAUAAUCAUGCUAACUCUCACUCAUCUCAUCAAGCAACAUAUUUUGAUCACCAAAAAGGAAGCAUUUUUUUUGUCCUUUUUUUUGGUAAAUGUUUAUUUUCAUUAUUAUUUAACUUCCUCGAUGCUGUGAUGGUGCCAAUAAAUCCACAGUGACUUGUAGCCCACUUGUGAAAUGUUUCUCACUGAUAAUAACCAUGUCAUGACUAAUAAAUGAGCAUUUGGAGAGAAACUGCUUUUCUCUGG